CCGAGCCUGCCCAGGAAGAUUCAGAGGCGGAAAUAGGAUACCGGAAGCGACUGUUGCCAUGGAGCCCGCGGAGGACUGGCUGGUGGAGUCCUUGCGCUUGUACCAAGAUUUCCAUGCAUUUGACCUCUCAGGAGCCACUCGAGUGCUUGAAUGGAUUGGUGAUAAAGGAAUCUUGGUUGCUGGCCAUGAAAGCCUGAAAAAAAAUGAGAUUCUUCAUCUCAUACUGCCUCUCAGACUUUCUGUAAAAGAAAACCAGGGCUUAUUCCCCGAAAGAGAUUUCAAGGUACAGCAUGGAGGAUUUUCAGACAGGUCUGUCUUUGAUCUGAAGCACGUGCCAGACACCAGGUUGCUGGUGACCAGUGGCCCUCCCGGGUGUAACCUGCAGGUAUGGCAGCUCGCAGAGGACAGUGAUGUCAUCAGAGCUGUUAGCACCAUGGACGUGCACGAGAGCGACGGCCCUCUUUGGCCCAGGGUGGCCGUUUUCCCAUCGGUGGCACCCGGCAUCCUCCACGGUGCGAGGCUCAGCAGCCUGAAGGUGGUGGAUCUGGACUCACAGAAGACCACGUACACCUCAGGUGUCAGUGACGAUGAUGUGCUAAGUAGCCUGCAGGUCCUGGACACGGACACCUUCGCCUUCUGCUGCUCCUCAGGCCGCCUGGGGCUGGUCGAUACCCGCCAGAAGUGGGCCCCGUCAGAGAACCUCGGCCCCGGCCCUGGGUCUGCUGGAAGGUGGUGGUGUGCUGAAGCUGGGGGCCGGGGCCCUGGGCCCAGCAUUGCCCGCCUUGGCUCAGAGGGGCAGCUCUGUCUUCUCGACCCCCGGGAUCUCUGCCAGCCUGUGAGCUCAGUCCAGUGCCCCGUGUCCACACCCAGCCCUGAGCCAGAGCUGCUGCGAGUGACUUGGGCCCCUGGCCUGGACAACUGCUUGGCCAUUUCAGGGUUCGAUGGGACGGUCCAGGUCUAUGAUGUCACAUCUUGGGCUGGAGUGGGGCAUCAAGUAGAACCUCUCUUCACUCACAGAGGUCACAUCUUCCUAGAUGACAGUGGGAUGGACCCUGCCCCGCUGGUCACCACCCACACCUGGCACCCCUAUAAACCAAGGACUGUGUUAUCGGCAGCCAGUGAUGCUUCUCUGCACGUGUGGGACUGGGUGGACCCUUGCGCUUCUCACUGACACCAGCAUCUUUCAGCCCAGGCCCUGGGAACCUGCUGCAGAGCAAGGAGACGGAUUCAGGAUUCAGGCGACCGCAGACGGCCCUGCUACCAGCUGAGUGGCUGAGGGCAAGUUAACCAGCCUGUCAGCCCACCCCGGUUUCUUUAUUUGUAAAAUGAGGCCGGUAAUAACUACCUGGCAGGGCUGUUGGGAAAGUUAGAAGUAACAUAUUUAAAAAUAACUGCUAGGAUGCAUGGCACAAUAAAUAUUUGGUAACUGCUCUUA